UUAGUAAAGCGCUUGCCGCGAACGAUUCGUGUUUUUUUUUUUAAUUCAUGAGGAACGGUCUGGUGGCCACAUUGCUUAACGGUUGCUGUGUUGUGUUUAAAGAAGCUAACCCAAGUUUGCACCAAGGAAGUUAAAAAGAAAUUUAAAAACUUCAAGGAUACUAUAUCAGUAUAUGGUGUUCACUCGAAAGCCCGAUUCUUGCGCACCCCGAAAGUUUUCCCAUGAAGUGAUGCUGCGAAAACAACGGCAACACGCACCAGAACUACGAAAUGAAUCUUACUCGCUUCAACGUUCAUCCCGACCAUCGUCGAUGAACGUCACGUUUUGCCGGUACCUGUAUUUUCCCGGCACACGAAGUCGAAUUCCCGGUGCUCAGAACGAAUGAAGCUGAUUGCGUAUUCCGCAGCCGGCAUACACACAGGACCUUGGGGGCCUCAACCACCCUCAACCCUCCUUCUACCCAAACCACCUGUAUGCGCCAACGCCAAUGUCAGACUCGGUACAAACACUGAGUACUGACGUCAUCAGCUCCGUUGUCGUGUGUUGGGCAGCAUUUUCCAGACAUUCAGGAGAGUGGGAGCUAUACGUACCCCGGGCGCAGAAGUUUUCCGCUUUUCAUCUCGUUCGCCGAAACAAAUGAAUGAAAAUGAAUCUCCUUCCAGUGGCGUACCGGCAGGAGCACACUCCGAACGAAAUUACCCGAAUGCCUGUGUACUAGCGCCAGACGACACACGACGACGACCUGCGAGAACCGGUAAUCAACCGAGAGAGAUGCCGACCUACUCUACUGCGCCGCAUCUGCUCCGUAAGGAUAACGCCAACACACACAGGCUCUUUGUUGUAUCUCGUGCCAUCGAGCACUCCUCUCGGGUGCGGGAAUACUACUACUGCCCACGGUGCCAGCCAGCCAGCCCACCCAACGGAGACAAAUGCAACCGUUUUUGCGGUGCUAAACUGUAGGACCAGUGUGGUGUAAUUCGUUUAGUUUGCCAUUCACCGAUUGUUCCGAUUGUUGGGCGCGGGUAUUGCUGAUGCGGUGGGGUUGCGUGCCAGACGGAGAUUCGCAAUUGUUUUGCAUGGUGGGCCGUUGUGCUUAGUUGCCCUAGGCGGCAGGCACAUCUCCGCAAAGAUAACACAACGCAUCUGAGGUGCCAGAGUUUCAGUGCGCGUGUGAACACUCCCAAGCGCGGGUGUAGCGGCCAUUACCUGGUGACUGUUUGUGAUUUUUCAUCCGUUCCGGAACCUGACUCCGGUCUGAGUUUCAUCAGUGCCCUUUUGUUGCAGGUGGUACCAACCAAAACGAAUAGCAUCUCCCAAUAAGGCUGCCGCCAUCCCGAAAACCCGAACGACGCCGUACGCUCGUAUCGGAGUUCCGAGUUCCUGUCCUCGGUAAAAGCGUGAAAACUGUGUGCCGUGGCAGUAGGUUUAGUACGUUGCUCGGUCUGGCGCACCGGAGUCUGGCAGAGCAGUGUUCCGAUCCAGUGUACAGUGUGUGUGUGUGUGUGUGCUUUCCCGAGUUUUGUCCUUCUCAUCCCUUGUCUCUCGGUGUUGAGCAAGGCUAGAACCGGAGACCCGGGUGGAGUUCUAUGGGUGUGUGUAUGGGCGCGCAAUUUUCACGGUCUUCUCUCACAGUUCGUCGGGCGUGUGUGUAUCGAUAGUUUGCGUCGAGGCGUAUAUCAGUUUCCCAUCUCGGGCAGGUGCAAUUGAUUUGGCCGCCGUUAAGAUAGGACAAUAGGUGCCUCAGGGCUUGCUGGUGGUGCGGUUGGUUGGUUUUGGAGGUUAGAAUUUUAAUGGCCCUUUCUGUAGCAGUCGCGUACGGCGUUGCGUUUGCGUGUGCCGGGCGUACGUUUUAGUGUGGUGCGAGAGGUGCGCGCGGGACACGUUUUACGGGGUUUCGCUGUUGUUCUCCAUCGAUCGUGUGCGAAUUUACUCAAUUAUGUAAUCAUCUGUUGAACGGAGCGAAUUUCGAAACCUAGAACUCAUUCUCGGGACGUGGGUCACAUUUACAUUAGCAAGCGAUACUACGAUUCGCUAGUCCCUCGCGAUGGACCAUCCGGCGACCGGUAGUGUGUUUCCGGUGCGUCCUUCAUUGGACCACUUACUAGCGAUGGGUGAGGAUGACGAGGAUGAGGAGGAAGAGGGCUGCGAAGAAGUGAACGAAUUGAAGGAGAAGCCUGCUCUGAUACUUCCAACAAACGUUGCCAAGGGUUGCGUAGCAACGGAUCAUGGUGCACCUGUGCUGGAAAGUGAGGAACAGAUAGAAACUGGAGAAUCGCCUACUGUGGAGGAUGACGAUGAGGAUGAUGGGGCUUCGGAGUUAACGGAAUUGCAACAACUGCCCGACACGCAACAGCCUGCCGGUACGGCCAAGGAACAGAAACUGCUGGCCAAGGCAACGUUCGACAACAUUGCCGAAAGUACGGACGAGCUGGCAUUCCGGAAAGGUGAAAUUCUGACCGUCAUCGAAACAGAUACCAACGGGCUCAAAGGAUGGUGGCUGUGCCAGCUACGAGGACGUCAGGGUAUCUGUCCGGGCAACAGAUUAAAAAUUAUUCAAUCACACGAUUCGGGAUGCUUCACGCUAUCACCCGCCUCCUCACCAUGCCCAACGAUCGAUUCGACCACCAACCUGAACAGUCCGAUACCGAGUGAAAUCUACGAAAAUACGUCACUGUGUAGUAGCACCAGUGCUGGCAGUCAGCGACAGGGCAAACGGCGAUCCUGGCACAUCAUGCCCAAUAAGGUACUCACGCCGCAGAAAUGUGGAGACGUUUAUCUGUAUGAUCUGCUGCCAUCGUCUUCGGCGCGUGUUUCCUCGGCUAGCGCUUACCAGCAGCAGCAACAUUCGGCAGACGCGCUCGAUACGUACGACGUUCCCAAGCCGGCCGUUCCGAUCGGUGGACAGGCUGGACCGCCCACCACACCAGGAUACGAUCCACACCAUCCACAUCACCACCGUACGUCCUGGAGUCGGACAUCAGGAUCAGCGCAUCAGUACGGUGCGGGACAUCCCGCGCUAGCCCAGCACCUUCACUACCCAAACUCACCGUCAGCCCUAUCAUCCCCAUCGUCCUCGCUAAGCUUCCCGCAUCCCCAUCCGGCCGGCUACCAUCACCACCUACAUCAACAGUACCCACAUCUUGCUGCCGGCUACCGGAUGGAGGAAUCGUACGAUGUACCAAGGCCACUGCUUUCCCAGCAGCAACACCUAACACCGAGCAGCUCCAACUCAUCGCUGCUCACGUCGGACAGCUUCAGUUUGUCCUCGUCGAAUCGUUCCUCGCUGGCGAACAUGCCCGAUUACGAUGUACCGCGGCGUAAUCCGGUCUCGGUACGGUCCACCCCACCACCACCGGUUGCUGGCCAACCGCCCGGUACACCCAGCUUCUCCACCAGCCAUCACUCGAUGUCGAUGUCCUCGUUUAGCAGCAUGUCGACGUACGAUGUGCCACCGUCACACAUGCACGGGGGCGCGAAUGGAGCAGCCGGGUACGUGUCGGCCAAACUGCACCAACAGCAAACCGGACCGGUCACACCGAAGGAACUUCCGCUGGAGCUAUCUUCCGCGCUGGAAACACUUGCGAGACUGCAAAAUGAGGCCACAACGGCCGUUACUAGGUUACUUUCAUUCGUAUCACCAAACUGGAGGGUAAAGGAGAAGCUCGACCCGAUACUGAUGGACCUCAAGCUGGCAGCCGUGCGGCUACGGACGGCACUGCACGAUCUGGCCGAAUUUGGCGAUGGUGCACUCGGCAACGCAACCAAAGCAGAAGACAAAGGCUUGGCACAGAAACUGAAACCCCUCGUGAAGGCACUGCGCGACGCCGAUAAGCUCGUGCACGAAGCGUCCCAAAACCUGGACGCCCAGGGCUGGACCCUGGUGACGCUCCAGCGCCCGGAAGCGACGCAAAAGCUCCAGCAACAGCUACCCCCGGACAGUCUCGAUCAGCUGAUUGCCUGCGCGCAAACGCUCACCGAGGACGUACGUCAGACGGCUUCCUUCAUCCAGGGCAACGCGACGCUGCUCUUCAAACGCUCCACCGCCGCCACCGCCUCCCAGCCAUCCGCACCGACCACACCGCAAACACCAACCGGAACCGGAAAACCAGCAUCAUCCGGCGGUACGGGCGGCGAAUGGCCCGAAGACUACGAUUACGUUAGUCUCGAAUCGAAGGAAGCGUCCGCACGCACCAACGCCGAAAUCCGUGACGCACUGCCGAACGAUUUGAAGAAAAACUUUGAAAACGUCGUACGGAAUGCGGCCGAUGCGGCGGCCGCAACCGUGUCGGAACGUCCGGAAGCGGCCCUGCUCGAUCCGAACGAUAAAUCCGUGCUGGUGUACUACGCCACCCAGACGGUCACCCACAUGGGCUACCUGACGCAGGCGAUCGAUGCGUUCCUGCAGACGGUCGAACAUAAUCAACCGCCCAAGUUUUUCCUCGCGUACGGAAAGUUCGUCGUGCUGAGUGCGCACAAUCUCGUCAACAUCGGUGACAUUGUGCACCGGAACGUGUCGCGGGAGUGCAUCAAAACGCGCGUCCUCUCCUGUGCCGAUGCACUGUCCGAAGCGCUCAAAACGUGUGUGGCCAAAACGAAGAAAGCGGCUCAAAAUUUCCCCAGCGUAACGGCGGUACAGGAAAUGGUUGACUCCGUGGUGGACAUUUCGCAUCUGGCGAGUGAUCUGAAGAUUGCAAUGCUGGAAGCGGUCCAGCAGUAGUUUGCAAACGAAGCGUUCCUUACCAGAUCGAAAUCGACACACAAGAACGAGAGAAUAAGAAAAAGCAAGUAGAUCUCAUUUUCUUAUGUUGUGCCCGAGAUUUCAAACACAUUACUGGGUAGCGAGAGAGGGAAACCGUGCUCCAGAACGAUAAAAUGCCAAAAAACAGUCCUCAAUUUUCCCCUACUAAAAACCGUGAUCGUGUAAAAAAGAGGGAGAGGGAGUACGAAUUAAGUUCCCGCAAAAAUGCCAUCAUCCUUUCUGGUCCACGUGCGUGCGUGGUUGUUAAUGUAGUUCUACUUACGUUGUAAAUAUUGUACAAUUUUAUUUAAACUGUAUUUUCAUUUCUAAGUAGCGCACACGACAAAUAGGCCUCAAGCAUCGUUUCAUAAUUGUCUGUGCUUUAAAACAAAAUCCCUUAUUUUUUGUGAAUGAAUCUUGCUUUGCACCGUUUUCCAUUUUCCUUUUCCGUACUGGAAUUGAACAUUUGAUAUAAAUUCCCCCAUCUACUGUAUGCUCAAAUGGUCCCACAUACGGCCACGGGUAUAAAACAUGCUAAAUUUAAACACACUAAACAAACAAAUCUCCCAAAGCACAAGCAAGCACCUUCCGCUGCGAAAGUAAAUCCAAAACGGGCGAAAAACUUCCCUCUAAAUAAUCAUCCGUGUAUCAUCACACACUAUCAUCGUCGACCCAAGGCAGUAUAGGCAGAAGUCAUGUAGUCAUUUGUGUCCCCGUAAACGUAAGCUUACAGAAGCAAUUAGUGUUUUUUAAUCGAAAUCGAAUCGUGGACCGAGCAUGCCAAGGCGUAAAGUAAUAAGUGUACGUAUGAGUUGUUUCGCCCCUACUGCUGCUGGCCGAAGCAUUCUAUCGCCACAGUUUAAGCAACAUAAAUUAAUGAAUGUUUUUGCUUAUUGAACUGUCUCAAACAACGGAACCCUGUCUAUGGGGAUGGAAGAAGACUAAGCUCCUUCGACCGUAAUAAUACAAAGCACACAAUCCCCACGCGCGAAAGGUCAUCUGAGUGUGGGGGGGGGGCAAAUCUUUUCCAACAUUCAAAUCCAAACAAUCUGUACUCUAACAUAUUAAAGGCGCCUACCAAGCAGUGCGAGACAUUCGCGUAACCAAAAACCGCGCAAUCGGCAUCAACGAACCCGGCUCAAAUGGAGGAACACGCAGAACAUGGCUUCGUGGACCGCGGUGUAUGCGAAAGGGGAAACAAGUAUUCAGUAACGUAAAUUAUUCACAAUAAAUCACAUCGAUAUCGGCUCUAAGGCGAUCCGAAUGAAACAAAAAAAA